CAGUAUGUGAUUGUGGUGUUCAGAUGUGUGAAUGUAUUCAUGCAGAGGUGCCUGUGGCUGCAGCAGGACCGCCUCCCCUCCUUUACCCCUCUUGUGUGCGCAGUUUUACUGCAGCCUGCAGCCGAGCACAGCUGUCCGGUGAGACCAGCGGCAAACAUCAGUGACUUUCUGGCUGAACCCUUAGAUGCUUAACGCGAGCUGCGUGGGGGGCAAAAAUAGCAGUAGGAGAGGAAGCGAGCUGGUAAGGUGAAACUGAAGUAAGGCAAAAACCAUAUCUGUUCCCUCUCUGUUUUGGUUCUGACCAAGAGAGUAUCGUUCUACAAAUGGAUAAUGGAGACUGGGGCCAUAGGAUGACUACUCCUGUUACCUUGAACGUGGGAGGCCACCUGUACACCACCAGUUUAUCCACACUGCAGCGCUAUCCAGACUCCAUGCUGGGUGCCAUGUUCCGGGGAGAUUUCCCCACAACUCGCGACUCCCAAGGGAAUUAUUUCAUUGAUCGUGAUGGAACACUUUUCCGGUACAUCCUGAACUUCCUGCGGACAUCUGAGCUUACCCUCCCCAUGGACUUCACAGAGACGGAUCUCCUAAGGAAAGAGGCAGAUUUCUACCAGAUCGAACCUCUGAUUCAGUGCCUUAAUGAUCCCAAACCGCUGUAUCCUCCUGACAUCUUUGAACAGGUUGUAGAACUCUCUAGCACUCGGAAACUGUCAAAAUAUUCAAACCCGGUUGCUGUCAUCAUCACACAGCUAACCAUAACCACAAAGGUUCACGGCCUGUUGGAAGGUAUUUCAAACAAUUUCACCAAGUGGAACAAACACAUGAUGGACACCAGAGACUGCCAAGUGUCGUUCACCUUCGGACCAUGUGACUACCACCAAGAGGUGUCCCUAAGGGUUCACCUCAUGGACUACAUAAUGAAACAAGGCUUCACCAUCCGCAACACGCGUGUUCAUCAUAUGAGUGAGCGUGCAAACGAGAACACGGUGGAGCAUCACUGGACUUUCUGUAGGCCGGCUCACAAAGUCGAAGACUAAGUUACAGCACAGGUGUUGUGGGUGAUGUUACUGUUGGAUUUGUCUUCAUAUUACAAAAUCAUGAUUAAAAAAACGACAAAAUUUACUGCUGUUUCAGAAACGUAUCCCUAAUAAUAUUUUUUCACCCUCAUCUUGAUCAUUGUGUUACAGUGCACAAGUCCAGACAAAUAGCAUAAAAAACAAUGAAAAUGUGAA